AUAUUGAUGAACCUGACAGUGUUUAACCAGUCUGAUCGCUGUGAGGAUUUCUCUUGUCAAGAAAGAUCUUUAUCUUCUGCAGUUUAUAUCUUACUGUAUGUGUGUUCAGCUGCUGUGGUUCUGCUAACAGUGUGUGGAAAUCUGCUUAUCAUCAUCUCUGUUUUUUACUUCAAGCAGCUUCACACACCAACUAACAUGCUGGUGCUCUCUCUGGCGGUGUCAGAUUUCCUCAUUGGGGCGUUGGUGAUGCCGCCAAUGUUUAUUUGGACCACUGAGUCAUGUUGGAUUUUUAAUAAAUAUUACUGCAUGAGUUAUUUUAUAAUUGAUUCGGUUCUUACAUCCCUGUCUAUAUAUCAUAUUGCUCUGAUCGCUGUAGAUCGUUAUUUGGCUCUCUCAAACCCAUUUCUUUACACAAAAUCAAUCUCUACCAGGACUAUGACCAUCGUGGUUUCUUCUAACUGGUGUGCAUCUAUGACAUAUAUCAUAGCACUUGGUUAUUUCAAUAGAAUCUUUACAAGUUCUGUAAUGUGUCCUGGAGAGUGUUAUGUUUUUCUAAAUGAAGUUUGGUCUGUAAUUGAUCUUGUAAUAACAUUUAUUUUUCCACUUUCUGUCAUAAUUAUACUCUAUAUUCGAGUUUUUAUAAUUGCUAAAAAACAUGCCACUGCUAUCAGAGAGCUUAAUAAUCACACACGCCCUAAAACACAGAAAAUCACCUCACACUCAAUGAAAUCUGAGAGAAAAGCAGCUAAAGUUCUCUGCAUUUUAGUGUGUGUGUUUCUGGUGUGUUUACUUCCAUAUUUUAUCUAUAGUUUGUUAGGUAAUGUUAUUGAACUACAGACAGAAACCUUUCAGAAAGUCUUAAUUAUGUUUUAUUUCAAUUCCACUAUAAAUCCAUUUAUUUAUGCUCUGUUUUACCCGUGGUUUAGGAAGUGCAUAAAAUUAAUCAUAACUCUGCAAAUACUCCAACCAGACUCCGCAUUAAUAAAUAUUCUUUCAUGA